CCAAUGAGGGCUGCUUUUCCUGUAUCAGCUUGCUGUUCUUGGACAACAAGUCAACAUUGAACUAGCUCUAAACUUGGCGGCAGAACUCUUCAUUCAAACUUACUUAACUAAACUCCACUGGUUUAAUUCUCUCCUGUGUCUGUGCAUUAUUUCAUUCUGGGAUACACAUUGUGGGAUCAUGGCUACAUCUCGCCUGUUUUUGAAUGCAUUUUUGAAUGCUAUUCUGCUCUUGAGUGGCAUUUCUUACAGUCAGAAUCCCAACGUUGAAAAUACAGCCGCGCAGACGACCAAUCGGACGGUUGCGCCGUCUGGCGCCCCUGAGGUCACUCUAGCAACCCCGGGGUCAGAUGUAGAGGACAAAACUAUAUCGCCUGGGAGUCGUUGUUGGGGAUACUUCGAUGUGAUGGGCCAAUGGGAUCCGCCGUUUAAUUGUAACGUGGGAAUUUACUUGUUCUGCUGCGGUUCCUGUUACUAUCGGUUCUGUUGUCAGUUCAAGGUUCACAGCCUGGACCAAACGUCUUGUUCCAAUUAUGAUACACCAGUUUGGGCCAAUACGGGCAAGCCAGCGGCCCCGGUAACGGAUGUGCAGGAGGAACCGGACCGGGAUCGCACUCACAUGAUUGUUUAUAUAAUCUGUGGAGUGGUUGCCAUCAUGGUUUUGGUGGGGAUCUUCACUAAACUGGGCUUGGAAAAGAGUCAAGGAGGACAGACGGACAUGACCAACUCCAGGGCCCUGACAGAACUGCUGAAACAGCCAAGUGAGGUAGGUGGCAUGGACAGAGGAGGAGGCCACCACCCAAUCAGAUCCAACGGCAUUUCUGGGAGAUCGAUGCGCACCAACAACGAGCAUAACCACCUGAAUAACGCCACACUUCCUCCUUUGACACCCUCAAUGGCCCUGUCCCAACCCCACAACAAUCUGGGCUUCAACAAAUACACCUCUAUCAAAGCCAUGGAUGUGACAGCUAGGGACUACUACCCCAAGAGCUACCACAUGAUGGAAUACACACACCGUCAAUCCUCGCCUGCAACCUUCCAACCCAUCGCUUUCCACCCCAAAGACAAACCUUUCCUACCCCCUCCAGAUAUCCAUACUCCUUUGGCCAUCACCAUCACGUCAGCCCAAGUCCCCAAGCCCAAAAUCUCUAAGACCAGCACUCACCCUCUCACCACCAGCUCAGCCUUCAAAGUCUGGGACCCCACUUCAUUUUGGAAAUACAUUUUACUUCUGGACCAAUUCCAGGGACAGCAGCUCCAAAAAUAGGGUGGCAAUACAAUUACUGCAUGCUCCUGGAUGGAUAUUUUCGACCAUUUAAUAGAUGUGAGGUUGUUUCAACAUGUUCUCAUAGGUCAAACAAGAAAACGAUGCUUCGUUCUGUCUCUGUGGCAGACACUUCCAGGGUGGCAUUGGGUUUCAGGAGCCAAACCCUGGAGGACAGACACAGCCGUCAGCUAUCCUGGCACAAAGAUGCCAAGCGAUGCCAAGGUAAACCAGCUACACAGCACUUGGCCUGAACUGAGCCACAUUGCAUGCUGUGAGGUCAUGAAUACUGUCUUUGAGAGACACUUGGAAAUACUGGAGCUUAUUUUCAUCUGUGAAAAACCAGUCAAUGUGCUCUUAGGGAUGGUCGAGACAUGGUCUCUGGCUGAAUCAAUUGAGGAAUAAGAUCCAGGAAUAAACUACUGUAUGAAUCUUAUUUCUGACUUUUGCACCAUGAAGCAUUGGAUUGGUCAAUAAACCAUUUAAACCUGUGGAGGUUUAGGACCUACAAUGAAAAUCAAAUAAGGAUGAGUACAUGGACAUCUGCUACACAAAAAAUGCAAGGUGUAAAUGUUCGUUUUUGCUUCCAAAUACAGUUUCAUACAAGUAUGAAGACAUUCUCCAGUGGUUAUUUAAAACCACCCAAAUAAGCCUAAUGGCUUUUGUUUCUGUUUUCUUCUUAAAAUUAGUGUUCUACCUGCGAUGUGAAUGCCACUGGGUAGCAUUUUAUCUUUAGCAAUACAUUAUGUACUUUUUACUGUUUAUGUACAAUUUGCAAUGUUGUCUUUUUUUUGUACCGUAAGCGCUAUUGGAAACAGUGUCAAGCCUGCCACAGUUGACAACCAUUUUACAAAGAUAAAGUGCUUCCGAAUUUUAAUUAACUUCUAAUACCUUCCUUACUAACUUAAAACUGUAGUUCACCAAAAAAAAGAGUUAGGGGUCUGCCUAACAUCUCUUUUUGUGUUCCAUGAAAGAAAGAAAGUCAUACAGGUUUGAAACAAUAUAGUGAUUGAGUAAAAGACAAAAUGUUCAUUUUUUUGGUGAACUGUUGCUUUAAAAGAUGAUUUGCCAUAUUUGAAUAUUGCGCUAUAUGUAUAGAGCAUAUGCUAUUUAAUCAUUUUUAAAAGAUGUAUUAUAACCAAUGCUUGAAUGACAUCUUAGUUACCAGUCCAGAGACAUGUAAUAUGUGUAUUGGAGAUUCACAUAGUUUCAAUUUGUUUGGUAGUACGUUUGUACGCUUUAUUCUUAUGCACUGUUUUAAAAUGUGCAGUUUGUCUAUGUAUAAUUUGGUUGAAUUAUACUAAGGGCUUUUAAAAGAAGUACAGUAUGUGCUCUUAACAGGAGUUGCCCCUUAAGUACUGAUCAAGCUCCAACAAUGUUCAAUAGAAUUUUCAAGGCAGCCUUUAACUCGGGCUGUGCAUUAUAACCUCACAAAACGCAAACAUUUUGUCCAACGCAGCAAAAAUAAGAUGGUCACUCCUUGAGUUAACAGGGACUUUUCUUGUUUGGACCCUGACAGUAUAUGCAAACACGUUUAAAGGAGAGAGCAUGUGAGAACUUAGAGGAGCGAUGGAGACAUUUGGAAUCACUGAUCUUGCUCUCCGAUUGAACUAACCAGCAUUUAAGGAAAUCCAAAGCCAGCUACAGAAUUGUAGGUUGAUCCUAAUUAAAAUUCACCCUCUCACAAGGUUACAUCAUUGAUAAAGAGAAAAACUGGAGGAGUAAUUAGGCUUGCUUGUUGACUUAAAGGGCCAGUGUUUAUUUUUUCAUCCCCACAAUACUGGCAUUGACAAAUAUCUCCUGUCUCAGUAGCUAUGUUACAUUUUCAUGUUUACUAGUUAUAUACAGGUUAUAUGUUUUUUCAUAAAAAAAAAAGCAAAAAGUUAAAUAUAUAAAUAUUAUGUAACAUUUGUAAGUUUAUGAUGUGAAUAUAAACACAUGUGCGUGUACUGUACACACUUCAGAGAUGAGCUGGAAUGCCCCGCCAACAACUCUCAAUGGUCCAAAAUCCUGAAAAUCGUUCUGAUUCACUUUCAAUUUGGACAGACAAACUACUGGAAACUACUUCACCCAGCAAUUUGAUUACAACGUUAGGGGGGCAGUUCACGCUGCAAAACACUGAGUACCGAGCACAUCGUUUUUCUUCUAACUCUUUAUAUGUCACCUUUCAUCUUCUCACUUUAUAGAGUGCAACAGUUUGGUUCUACAAGUCCAAAUCGAAUUCAUCGUUUCAAUAGGAGCAUUGAGUUUUUUACUAUAACUUAUAAACCUUUAAAAACAGAUGCACCGUGAGCUCAGAGGUUGUCAAUCAAUGAUAUGUGCCUCUUAUGAAGCCAUUAGUUGGCGUUGUGUCAGCUUAAUAAUAACGUUUAAAAAUCUAGAUUAAUACUGGAAUUUAUGGUGAAGAACUAGACUACGUUCCUGCUGAGAAAGAUUCAACAAUCAGAGAAUCCCAGCAAACAAAGCACACCAAAAGAGCUCUGCAGUGACCAUCCACUUCCAUGAUGCACUGCGAAUGACGCACUGAAGUCUUAUUCCCUACACCUGCAUAUAUCUGAAUAUUUUGCAAUAAACUUAAAAAUAUCGAUUUUAUACUUAUAAUCAGCAACUUUUAAUUCAUAGUUUUAUAUUUUUUCAACGUUUUUAAUUAGAUUAUAUCAUUCAACGUGCUUCAUGUGAUUGUAGUUCAUUCCCUUAUAAAAACAGUAAGUACACAGUCUUGUACCUUGGUCUUUUCAUCCGAUUUUCCAAAUCUGUUUUUGUUUCAAAUCAAAAUUUGUAAUGUUGUGAGUUACCUCAGAGCUGGUUGGUUUGGUUCAUCACUUAGAACUCUUUUACUAAGGAUUUUAAGAAAUCCCUAUAGAAAACAAAUGCAUGGGAAAAAUACUUCUAAGACGGUUGAAAAAAAAUGGGUGGCACUGUUGCACUCCUAUGCUCUACUGAUAGAUGCAAAUGCACAUACAGGCCCUGUAGGACCUGGGCAUGCACGCAGUCUAGAGAGGUUUGUUGAUAAAUAAGAGUGAUCUAGUUUUUGUUGCACCACUCACUUGCAGUAUAGACACAGAUUUAAAUGCAAGUUGAUUGUAGUCUCUCUCAUUUGCUUUCCUUUUGUUUAUGUUUGUUCCUAUCUAACUCUCUCUCUCUCUCUCUCCAUGGGGACAGUGGGUGAUACAAAUCUUAGCCUUCAGUGAUAUCUAAGUUAAUAUGGGUCUCCAGAGGCUGCAGAGAGAGAGAGAGAGAGAGAGAGAGAGAGAGAGAAAUGGAUAAUACAGUACAUGAUGAUGAAGAGCUGUGGGUGGAGGGAGGGAGAAGGAUCUGUCAUCCUCUUCUCUCGUUUCCAUGUACUUCAUCUCUUUUGCUUGUCUAAUGCCCCAUUUCCAUAUCUGCCAUGUAUUUUUUUCUCCUUAAGUCUGGUUGCACUUUGAGCAGACGCUAAAUAAUUCAGAUAAGUAAAAUUUGCAGGAUGGCGAAAGAGAGAGACACAGUCACAGAAACUGAGUGUUGCAGAGAGCUCAUGAAAGACUGUCGAGAUUCAAAAGCAAAAAAAAAAGACCUGUUCAAUCCACGCAAGUGUUUGGGAACAAUCUCAAUGUACAAUGGUUUUAAAAGCAUUUGUUGACUGUUAAAAAGGUCUUAGGUCUGGGAAGCUUGACAUUAAAGCAAUAGUUAAUCCAAAAAUGACAAAAAUGAUGUCCUCAGUUACUCACCCUCAUGUUGCUCCAAACCCAUUUGACUUGCCUUCUUCUGGGGAAAUCAAACGGCACUAUAAAUGGAAGUGAAUGGUGAAUGAGAUCUUAUUUUGUGUACUGUACCAGAGAAGAAAGUCAUACAGGUCUGGAACAACAUGAAAGUGAGUAAAUGAUUACAUCACUUUGGGUGAACUAUCCCUUUAAAAUUUUAAAGGCCAUAGCUACAAACCCAAUGAUCUAAUAAAACAACUGUUAUAACUGUCAGAUAGAAAGAGUUCUGUACAGGUUUGCUGUUAGGUACGCAUGAGAGAAACUUUAUUCAGUAAAUUGUGAUUAAUAUUAUUAUUAUUAUUAUUAUUAUUAUGAAACCAAUUUUUACUAUAAGCAGUGAACAUUAUGAACAGAUGGUAGUGCAUAUUUGGAUGUUAAUAAUGACAAGGACAGCGAUGAUGAUAAAGAUGCUGAAGAUGUCAACAGUGACCAUGCCAACACAACGGCAAAGACAAUGCCAACUGUUUCUACAACAUUAAUAGCAAUUUAUAAGGAACAUACAGACAUGAUUAAACUGAUUUAAUGGCUUUUUAAGCAUCUCUUUCUAACAGAAACAUUGUAAAGUGUUCUUUGUAUAAACUUGUUUAAAAAAUAAAAGGCAGAGUG